AUGUCAAUAGAUAUUGACUGGGAGCGUGCCACCUCGGGUCCAGAUGGCGAGCUUCUGGCGGAACGCAUUCGCUCGUUCAUACAUGAUAAGUUCCAACAGAUGGUGCUCCCCCGGUUCAUCCGUUCGGUGCAAGUCACUUCCUUCAAUUUUGGAACGAUACCUCCGGAGCUCGAAAUCCGCGAUCUCACUGAUCCAUUCCCAGAUUUCUACGAGGAUGGCGAUGAAGAUUUAUCGGUUAGCUCUGAGGAACAAUCUCCAAUGCGGGAACAGGCUGAUAGGUACAGGGAGAGGAUAGAUUCGUGGCAGGCAAACUCACCAGGUGGCUUAGAGGUCCAGAUGUCGGGAAGAAUGGGCUUUGGUCAUCCAUUACAGUUGGCUCCAGAUGAGGACGGUUCCAGGCUCCAUCCUCUUCGAUCACCCAUAAAUCUCGGAGAUAUAAACCCGUAUCUAUUCCCUAGAUCUGGGACGCCAGGAAUACCAGGGGGAACGUCGAAUUUGGGCUACUUUAUGCCUCUGAGUGGCCUUUCAGGUUCCCAGACACCGCUACGGGCUGUAACACGAGGCAAUCCUUUUUCAGGUGGGUGGCCAGAUUCGCCAUUAGAGAAUGAAAGCCGUAUUGGUCAUGGACAGGGGCCCCCUCGCCGACGAUCAGAAGUUAAUGUUGAUGCAAUCCAAUCUCGACCUUCCACGGCGAAUACUGGUAACACUCUCUUCUCGCGUGGCUCGGUUAGCACUGGUGAUCCUCGCCAUUCCCAUUCCUCACAGACAGUGCUGGCCAAUAAUCCUGGUCAAGCCCCUGAAGCCAAUGACUCGCCUGUCAGCGCUGUCCCUCCUCUCAGCGGAACUCCCCCACGUCGGAUGCGCGAACAAAAAGCUGAAGAUUUCCAAGUCUUCUGCCGAACAAAAUAUGCGGGCAAUAUCAGUCUUUCUCUGACCGCGGAGAUUCUCCUCGACUACCCAAUGCCCAGUUUCGUGGGCCUACCCUUGAAACUUAACAUUACAGGUCUCACAUUCGACGCGGUGGCGGUUCUUGCAUAUAUUCGACGACGAAUUCAUUUCUGUUUUCUCUCUCCGGAAGAUGCGUACGCUUUAAUCGGGCCGGAAACUGGGGGCGGCGGUGGAGAUACUAUGGAACCAAACUCCCUGCGACGGAAAAAUCUCAGUCUGCUCCGCAAAAUUAGAGUAGAGAGCGAGAUAGGAAGAAAGGAAAACGGCAAACAGGCAUUGAAGAACGUGGGCAAAGUGGAGAAGUUCGUUCUCGAGCAGGUGCGCCGGAUCUUCGAGGAGGAAUUCGUAUACCCAAGUUUCUGGACAUUUCUUGUUUGA